CCGAGUCGGCCCGACCCCAGCCGAAAGCUACCGAGCGCGGUCCGAACCGAGCCGAGCCGCCGGGGAGCGGCCGAAUCCCGCCGAGCCUCGAUCCGAACCCGGCCGAGCCUUCGGCGGGCGGAGCCGAAGGCGGCCGAAGCGGCCCGAUCCCCUCGGGGCGGGCUCGGCUGGGCUCGGCUCUGCUCCGCAGUGGCGGGGGGCGCGCGCCCGCGCGCGCGGCGGGGGCGCGCGCGGGGCGCAGAGGCGGCAGCCAAGAUGGCGGCGCGGGUGGCGCAGGGGCCGGCAGCCCGCGGGCGCGCCUAGGCCGCGGCCCCCCCCCACCCCGGGCGGGCUCCCCGCCGUCGCGGCCCCCCCGCCCCCCGGCAGCGCGGCGGCCGGCAGGAUGCUGCCCUCGCAGGAAGCCUCCAAGCUCUACCAUGACAACUACGUGCGGAACUCGCGCGCCAUCGGCGUGCUCUGGGCCAUCUUCACCAUCUGCUUCGCCAUCAUCAACGUGGUGGUCUUCAUCCAGCCCUACUGGGUGGGCGACAGCGUCAACACGCCCAAGCCCGGUUACUUCGGGCUGUUCCACUACUGCGUGGGCAGCGGGCUGGCGGGCCGGGAGCUGUCGUGCCGCGGCUCCUUCACCGACUUCAGCACCAUCCCCUCGGGCGCCUUCCAGGCGGCGGCCUUCUUCGUGCUGCUGUCCAUGGUGCUGACGCUGGGCUGCAUCACCUGCUUCGCCCUGUUCUUCUUCUGCAACACCGCCACCGUCUACAAGAUCUGCGCCUGGAUGCAGCUGCUGGCAGCGCUCUGCCUGGUGCUGGGCUGCAUGAUCUUUCCCGACGGCUGGGAUGCAGAGACCAUAAGGGACAUGUGCGGGGAGAAGACAGGGAAGUACUCCCUGGGCGACUGCUCCGUGCGCUGGGCUUACAUCCUGGCCAUCAUCGGCAUCCUCAAUGCCCUCAUCCUCUCCUUCCUGGCCUUUGUCCUUGGCAACCGGCAGAACGACCUGCUGCACGAGGAGCUCAAGACAGAGAGCAAAGAUUUUGUCGGCACUGCGAGGAUAUAAAGCCAAGUGCCCGCAGCAGGACCCUCUUCCCGCGGCCGGCAGCCUGGGCACUCCCUCCCCAUCCUGCCCUUCGUCUGCUGCCAGCAGCCACGCAGCGUCCCGUGCCGCUCCCCGGGCCCCACUGCCUGCACUGGGGACGUGCCGGCCAUCCGCCGCAUCCAUGGCCACCUCCAUGUCCAUGCUGGCACCGCCAUCCCACGCACCCCGCCAGCUCCGCACCCCCUGUCGCCCGUGGGUCACCACCGGGGGAGGAUGCCCCAAACCCGCUUCGUUCGAGAACAGCAUCCAACUGCGGUUUUGUUUCAAGGAAAAAACAGUCUCAGAGUUUUUAACAGAUUUCUACAUCCCCAGGACUCCUGACCUGCUGCAUCCCACCCGAACACGCGCUCAGUGAUGCCCCGCGCCGGCUGCUCCAGGCCCUGGCCCCCUCCCUGCUCCCAUUUUGUACAGCUCCGUGACCCUGCCUCCAUGGCUGGGGGACCCGGUGGCGGGGCCGGGGCCCAACCCCUACUUUUACGUGUAAAUUCAUAUUCUCUAAACAGGGUAAAGUGACUCAAGCCCCCUCGCCCCCCACCCCAGGAGCGCAGCCCCAGGGCGUGGUGUUUCCUGGUGCGUGGCUGGGGCUGUGGGCUGCCGCUCGCUCCCCCCCAGCACAGGGACCACAGGGGCCUCGCUGCUGCUGGCCGCUGGGACACCCGACUCGAGCCGCUGCUGAAUGUAAGCCCUGGUAAGUGGGAGCAGCUGGACAUACAACCCCCCCCUCGGGUGGGUGCAGGACCCCCCCCCCCCAGCCCCCUCCCUGAGCUGACCGCAGGCUGUUGCCAAACGCCUUCCCUCCCCAUCCCCAUACGGUGCUUCAUCUCCACUGGCGACGGCAAGGCUCUCCCUGCCACACGGUGUGGCUGGGGGAGACCUGGGCGCUCCUGUUCCCACCCUGGCACCCUGGUCGCGUCCCCUGGCUGCACCUCGCUGGCCCGCGGUGAUGGCCCGCAGGGAGCUGGCAGCAGCUGCCCGGGGCAGCACUGAGGCCAGAGCCUCCGGGCACGAGGCAGCCUGCAUCGCACACGUGCAGCACCCGGGAGCCGGCACCGACACCCCCGGCACUCACCCUGGCACAGGCAGCCACAGCCCGGCCGCAGCUCUGCUGGCCAGACCGGCAUGUGUGGGCUUCCCCAGGUCCCGGCUGCGGGGGGCUGGGGCCACCACAGCCCUUGCAAUGCAAUAAAGUCCUCAGCACUGGCCGCGUCUCAGUGCGAGUAGCCGGGGGCUGUUUGCAGGGCCCUGGCGAGGCCGGGCGCCGGGCAAAGCCUGGGAGCGGGCUGGAGCUGGGCGCAGGGAGCGGAGCAGGACCAGGACCACGGCCCUGGGAUGGGCAGCCCCGGGCAGGGGAGCUGCUGCCAGCGGGGCUCGGCCACGGCCAUGGCCACAGCGCAUGGAGGCUGCUGGGCGAUGGCAAUGACGGGCUCCGCAGGAACCAUCGUGGUGCCCGGGGCUGGCGGGAGCAGGUAAGUCGUGCCCUGAGGCCCUGUAUGGCGGUGGUGAGGGAUGGAGCUGUGGAGCCAAAGUCACCCGGGAUGGCGCAGGUGCUGGCGCUCCUGCCCACGGCCUCUGCCAGCCUCGGCCUCCCUCCGGCAGCUGCCCCUCGGCCCCGGCAGCGCCCGGGUCUUGCCAGCUUGGGAGCGCUGCUGCCGGCUGAAUUGAAAAACAAGCGAAGAAAAUCAGUGGAGAAAGGAAUACAGUAGCUGUAAUAUAUCUGUAUUUUAGUACAAAGUUUGAUACAGUGUUUCACAAAACCUUAUUGAAAAAUAUAAUUCAAACCAGACGA